AUGUUUUCACUCCGCGAUACUAUCCAAUCACUAGAAAGCCUUCUUGGACAGCAGCUCAACACUUACGAGGGCUACAAAACCCGUUUAGCUACAGUUGAUGCGACGGACUUUGCGGCAGCGAAAGACAAGCUUUCCGAGGCACUUUCUCAAGUGCUUGGCCUCCUCGAAUACCUAAAAGUAGCGGACGAUAGACUCUUAGCGGCGGGGGCUCAGGAAACACAUAUCGAACCCGAAUUUGAAAACCAGGCUGCGUCUGUCCAUGACCGCUUUCACGAAGCCGAAGGCGCCAGCAGCCUCGGACUGGACCAGAUCAAUAGAUUAGCCACCGAAAUAGCUGAAUUCCAAACAACUGGGCUCGCACGGCUAAGAGAGCAGAUUAGCGCAGGUAGAGUCCGGCUUGAUAUGCUCUCAAAUCAGACCAACGAAAAAUUGGGCCACCUCGAACGCCAAAUUGAGGAUACUCAGAAAAAAAUCCAGACGACAAACAAUGCCAUCAGAGACGUUCAAGCACGGAAGGAUUCAACACAGAGUACUUUGAAUCGCAAAAGAGACGAGUUGCACGACAAGGAGAGACAACGGGACGCAGCUCAUGCAGAAAGCGCAAGGGCAAGAGAACGGAGGGAUGGCGCCAGGGCGGUAAGUCUAAACCCACUAAUAAAACCACAGGAUAUCAUGCUUGAAAACACACUGACGAGUUAGGCCGGCGCCGGACUUGGAAUCCUUUCUCUAUUUGCAGGUCCGCUGGCCCCAGUCGUAUUCGCCGCCACCGCAGGAAGUCUUAUUUAUGCUGGGUAAGUAUUUUGUACGUCCCUAGCACCGCAAUAAGGGCCCCACUAAAUCAUCCGUAGCAACCAAGAUGAUAUCGCCCGUGCCCGUGAACACGAAGCGAACGCCCUCCGACAAGAAUACCAAACCCUAGAAAUUCAGAUCGGCGGCCAGAACGACAGGUUGGGAACACACAACCACGACCUCCAGAGAUUCCAGAACGAGCGAGCCCAAUCUGAGCGGGAAAGAGAAGCUCUCGUGCGCGAACAGGCGGUUCAGCAAGCAGAGAAACAGGUACUGGCUAAUCUAGAAUCCCGUGUGGUAGAUCUGUGCUCGCAAGCGCCCUCAUUGAACGGGAAGACUGCUGCGCUGUCAAGCGAGAUUUCAAAGAUCAGGACACACACCAUGAACUGCACUGUUAUGAUUUCUGAGGCUAGGGUUAAGGCUGGUUACUUGGAGUACGCGGACUGCAGAAGCGAGAUUCUGGGCACCGUUAAGACCAUGGUAUCGGGCUUUUCCAUCGGGGGUGGAGUCGUUGAGAGGAUUGGGGCGGUUAUCGGAGAGCUGGAAAGCAGGAGCUUGGCUGCUGCACACUAAAGUGUCGGCACGGCAUUCUUGGUGGUGUUGGAACAAUUUGUGCUGGUUACCUCUCUUUCUCUCUCUCUCUCUCUCUUUGAAUCAGACCGCCUUUCUAUCUG